AUGCUGGAAACAUACCAACCAAAAGCACCAUUCCCUCAGAGGUUAGGAGGAGGUGAAAAAGGGAAAACAUAUUCAAGGUUUUUAGAGACAUUUAAGUCUCUCCAUAUCAAUAUUCCCUUUCUUGAGACUCUCCAGCAGAUGCCUACACAUAUCAAGUAUUUGAAGGAAUUGCUGAGCAAGAAAAGAGUUUUGAAGGGAGGACAAACUGUAAUAAUGAACAAAGAAUGCAGUGCCCUCAUCAAGAAGGACAUAGUCUCUAAGAAAACAGACCCAGGAAGUUUUCAUAUCCCAUGCAUCAUAGGGGAAACAAAAAUUGACAGAGGAUUCUGUGAUCUAGGAGCUAGCAUAAAUGUGAUGCCUCUGACUCUUAUAAAGAGGCUACAACUGAAUGAGGUGAGAUCCACUGAUGUAAUCAUACAACUGGCCGACAAAACUCAAAAGCAAGCUGUAGGGGUAGUUGAGAAUGUGCUGGUGAAAGUGGGAAAUUAUUUCUUCCCCACAGACUUUGUCAUUUUGGACAUGGAGGAAAGGGUGGUCAGGACCUUUUCUUGUCACCAAGGUUUCCCCUUAUGGACAUAUAGAAAUUAUGGAGGAGAAAUCACAGGAAACCUUCACUGUAAAUGGACAAAGGCUCAAGCACUAUCUGGGUGA